AUGGGGAGAAUAUACGUCAAAAGAAUGAGAGUACUCACCUUUCUUUUUGUCAGCUCUCUAUACCUUGGGUUAAGUUCUUCUUCGAAUACAGAAAAAAGACUGUUAACAGACUUGUUUAAUGGCUACGAUACGCAGCUGAAGCCAGUGAAAAACUACACAGACGAUAUAAUAGUAGGAGUACAAAUGUUUCCUUUUCUUAUACGUGAAGUGGACGAAAGGUUGCAAACGUUUUCUACUUCAUUGUGGAUCGGUUACAACUGGAAAGAUGAAAAUCUGAUGUGGAAUUCAUCUAAUUAUGACGGAAUUACCGGGCUUCGCGUUAAUAUUGAUAAAAUAUGGAUACCUGGGAUAUGCAUCAUCAACGAACUCACAGAUAAAAAAUGUUUAAACUUUGACGAAAAGGGAAUGGCUUUCCUGAUUUACAACGGUUUUGUGUAUUACCUGAAGCCCUUUGAGAGCACGAUACAGUGUAAACUAGACGUUACUGCUUAUCCUUUUGAUGAACAAAUUUGUACGUACAUUUUUUAUCCUUAUUCAAACAUAGCCCAUGAUUUUGGCUACUCAGCCAAUAUGACUGGCUUUGACUUAACUUUUUUCGAAAAAAAUGAAGAAUGGGAAGUCCUGUCAACUUCCAAAUCAUUUCCUCUGGAUGACAGAAUGCCGGGAUCUGUUGUGCGCACAGCACGCCUAAAUGUUAUUCUAAAGCGCCGCCCUAGCUAUGUCAUAAUUAAUAUUUUCAUCCCAAUUUUUAUUUUGUCAGUAUUGAACCUUCUUUCCUUCCUGUUACCAAUAGAGUCUGGAGAGAAAAUGGGAAUGGUCCUGGCCAUAUUUCUAACCUUUGCAGUGUUUGUAACACUCAUAAGCGACUCUAUGCCAAAGUCUUCCGUGAACCUAUCUAUGUUUGGUAACUAUGUAGCAGGUCAGUUGAUAAUUAGUGGAUUGACAAUCAUUUUGGAAACUAUUGUCAUUAAAAUUUAUUUCAAGGAAUAUACACCAGCAGCUGAGUCGAGGGACGACCAUUCUUUUCAUAAAUAUUUCCAUAACAACCAGGGAUCUGAUUCUUAUGAUGCAGAUCGAUGGAAACGGUUUGCCGUGAAAUUAGAACGUUAUUUUUGUGCUUUUAUUGUUUUAGCAACAAUUGCAACUAUCAUAUACUUGAUUUUAGGCGUAACUGUGAUGCGUCGAACAGUCACACAAUGAUUUUCUAUUCUUCCUUUCAAAUAUUUCACGAAAUGCUAAAAUCUACUUCUUAUGUCCACCUAUGCUUAAAAGAUCGGAAAGAUGAGAAUCCUUCCAUAUAUAAGAUAUUCUUCAAAAGAACAUGAUGUAGGAAGACGCUAUUAUUGACGUCACUGCAGUUGUUUGUGACUUUAUUCUCCAUUGUUUCAUGAUGGUAAUACAAAUGUAGUUUUUCUUAGCUCAGUGAAAGGCCAGAAGAGGGCCUAUAUUGCUAAAGGAUAAGGCGUUCAUGUUCAUGUCGUUUUGUAAGCGAUUUUUGAAUCGCAACUACAAAUACAAUAUUUGUCUGAUUUGAAUUGAAUGGUUACAUUUGUA